GCAUAACAGAUGCGAAAUAUCAAUUUGAACAUAUUCAAUACUCCAUUUAUUUCAUUAAAUAUUUUAAAUAUUUAAUGCCUUCGCACCUCAAGCCAUGUCAAGACGGCGCUUCGAUCCAGUCCAAGGACUACAUCCGUAAGUAAUUCCAAUAUGAGAUAGUUAAUGAACGCAAUAAGUUCAUCUUUCGCGUAAUCGAAAGUGAUGUCAUCAUAAUCCUAAUAAGAGAUAAGAAAUGUGACGACUCGAUAUACCGGGUCACAAACUCCCGGAUUUUAUUACCUUGGGUACUAAUGGAAUCCUCGCGCAAAAAAGCAACUCUGCAGUCAAUUAACCCAGAAUGGCACUUUGCGAUAAGCAAAGCUAAACUAAGGUUCCUUAUCAAGACGUCGUCGACGUUUAAUAGAAUAGCGCGUGUUAAUACGUUAUAUCUAUCAUAUCUAUCAAUCAAGUCACACUUUUGGCUGCCAACCUAAGCGCCCUCAAGGUCUAAAGCUAGACCUCGUUCGUGGGCAUGAGAAGGUUGGCUCCCUCUUUUUUGUUGGCCUCUUAUCCUGGUCCGACGCGACGGACAUUGUCUUCUGUCCGAUUAGCACGAUGGCCUCGGCGUCCCCAACAUGCUGCGGGCGUUAAAAGCCAUUAUUCCACAACCACCGAAACAUCCGGUAGCAUCACGACGCCUCUUCCUAACUCCGAGUUCAACUUACCUUUUCGCUUCGAGACCGGGCUUGCGCUAUUCGCAAAACGCGCUCCGAGGCCGUUUCCCCCACCGUUCCUAUCACCUCCGUCGGGCUCAUUUUCGGACCCCCUUAGUACUCAUCACCAGAGUCGUGAUAAGCGAGCCUUUGUAGAUGGCGAGGUCAUCCGCGGAUGGACAAACGGUGAUGAUGCGGUUUAUGCUGGUGAAUACUUCAUUUGCGCCAACGAUGGGGUUGGCGCCUGGUCAGCUCGGCCGAGAGGCCAUGCAGGCUUAUGGUCGAGGUUGAUAUUACACUUCUGGGUGGCGGCGAUAGAAGAAGAUAUCGCAAGGCCGCGAUCCCCUAACCAACCAUACCGCCCAGACCCUAUGCAUUACCUGCAGCAGGCAUACGAGCGGACAAUCGAAGCCACUUCAGGGCCCAAUGAUUGCUUAGGAACCACCACGGCGACCGGGGCUCAGCUCUUCUACAAGGCUGACAGCGGUAACUCAGCAUCUUCCGUAUCACCACUUUUAUAUGUAACAAAUCUUGGCGAUUCACAAGUCAUGGUAGUACGGCCGAAAAGUCGGGAAAUGGUAUACAAAUCGACAGAACAAUGGCACUGGUUCGACUGCCCGAGACAGCUCGGAACUAAUAGUCCAGACACUCCAAGCAAAAACGCCGUUGUAGAUAUGGUGGAGAUUCUUGAAGGCGACGUCGUAUUAGCUAUGACAGACGGCGUUAUUGAUAAUUUAUGGUCACAUGAAAUUGUCGAAAAUGUGUCUCAGAGCGUCAAGCGCUGGGAGGCGGGAGAAGGGGGCCAAGCUAGCGGCCCCCGUAAAGACGGCGCAGGCGGCGGCAUGACAUUCGUCGCCCAAGAACUCGUUAAGGCUGCAAAGGAAAUUGCAUUAGACCCAUUUGCAGAAAGUCCCUUCAUGGAACAUGCUAUCGAGGAAGGGUUGGCUAGUGAAGGAGGAAAACCUGAUGAUAUUAGCGUUGUAGCAGCAUUGUGUCAGCGGAACACGGCAUCAUAACACACCUAAUAUAUAAUAUAGCUAAGACACCCAUCGACAAGACAUACUACCCCUAGAUAUGGUCCUAUUACCGUUGGGGUUAACUUUAACUAUCUCCAGCCAUACGAAGCGCCGGGGUGGUAUCGACGUUGUUUGGUCUUUGUGUCACUUGGAAGAUUAGAUAUGGGAUUAUAGAUCAUUUACAUAUACUAGAUGAGGUUGGUUUUUCGGUAUCAACACGGGCGUUGGUGGUUUAUUAGCAGAUCAGUUGAUGGAAACUAGGACAUAUCUUUAUAGCGGGGUGUCUUGGUACUUGUACCUCUUAGAUGUUAUCCACAAUUUAAAGUUAGUGAUAAGAA